GUACAUGACAUGCUUUAUGUGGCCUCUACUAGUGGGCGUGUGACAGCUAUUUCAAUAAAGGCAUUACCUUUCAGCAUUGUAUGGCAGUGUGAGUUUGGGGUGCCUGUUUUUGGUUCUCUUUCCGUCAGUUCUCCCAGUGGAAAUGUCAUUUGUUGCUUGGUUGAUGGUCAUGUAAUUGCAUUAGACCCAAGUGGCUCCAUCAUCUGGACGGUAGUAACAGGGGGUCCACUAUUUGCUGGAGCAUGCACAUCUUAUGUCAUUCCCUCUCAAGUGCUUAUAUGUUCUAGAAAUGGAAGCGUGUAUUCAUUUGAGUUGGAAGGAGGGCAUCUGCUCUGGCAAUAUGAUGUUGGAGAACCAAUUACUUCAUCUGCGUAUGUUGAUGAGAAUAUGCAAUUAUCUGAUCCGUCUCCUCUGGCAGACAGGUUGGCUUGCAUUUGCGGCAGUUCAGGAAGCAUAUAUUUGCUUCAAAUCAACUCAAAUGCCACAACAUAUGGGAAUCAGCAAGUGAAAGAGUUGGUGGACCCAAUGGUGCAGGAAUUUGCACACAUGAACCUUCUAGGAGAUAUUUUCUCUUCACCUGUGAUGAUUGGUGGCCGAAUUUAUGUUGGUUGUCGAGAUGAUUAUCUGCACUGUAUUGGAGUUGAGGCGAAGGUUUCGAUAAAAAAAUAAUGGUGGAAGACCCAAAGGGGGUCAUUCUUUCACUUACUACUCAAGUCCAUUUUUCUUUGAUAUGCUUGUACAUUCAUCAUUGAACACAGAAAAUCCUGGAUGAUCCAAAACUAGGAUUCACCAAAAGUGAAAAUUCAAACAGAAAGCUAUUUACAAUGUCAUGCCCAUAAUUUAUUGGUUCGGCACCCGCAGAGGUGCUCAAGAUGGAUUUUAUGCUCAGCAUUAUAUUGUUGAGCUUCAGUUGUUAAAAAGAGAAAGAAACAAGAGACUGCACACCAAUACUGGUGGUUACCUUCCUAAACUUGUUUGAAGUGGGUCUUGUUCAUGUCAUUAGACCAGUUUGAAGUAGUUGUUGUGGAUAUAUUGAAGUGUUGUGGCAGAAGAAACAGAGCCUAGGUAUGACCGGGAAGGCAUUGUACAAGACCAGAAACUAUUCAAAGUCACAAUGAUGAACCUCCACAUGUAAUGUUCUGGCAAUGAUCCUGAGGAAUUGUAUUCCUGUAAAGCGCUUUUAUUAAUGAAUACUUUACACCGAAUGGAGCAACUUUAGUGUUAAAAGUCCAAGGUACUGGGUGCAUUUAUAGAGCACAUUCCGGUGGGAAUGGUUGGAUUGCUUACCGUCAUAGGUCAAAGAUUUGCAACCAAGAACUGUGCAGAGCUUUCCAGAGGACCUUUGCUGAGUUAAUAGUUUCAGGCAGCCAAGAAAGUGGUAAUUAAAGAUCUCAGUCAAGAAAGUGGUAAUUAAAGAUCUCAUGUCUUUAUGAUAUUCUGUUUUUCUUUCUAUUCUCAGGAUUAAGGGGAUUUGAACUUGUGUACUAAGUAAUGCCAUUAGUUUCAGGACUUUAAUAGUUUAUAUAUAACCAAGGUGCAAAAUUUUCUUUCGUUUUUUUUUUUGUCCCUCUUAACUAUUGUCUAGAAGCACCUGAUCAAUAUAUUUUGAGAAUUUGCCACUCAUGAGAUCAGAAACAGAGGCAUCUGACAGUUCCCAA